GCUGGGGCGCCUGAAAAAGUGGCCGCCUGUCGACUUGACCUUCACGGUCCAGACCCCGGGAGCCAAGGAACUUGUCACGGCAGCGGCCUGACCCAGGGGGUUGCUACGCCAGGCUUAAGGCUGCCGAGCGAUUGGGAUAAAUGGCCGAGACUGCGUGAGCAGACAGGGAUAUGGCAGACCGGGCUGUGGGAAGACUCAUCUGCCGCAUUUGUGCGUGCACAGGCCGGUUGCCUGAGGUUGGCACGUCAUCUAGUCGUGUCGAGAGACAGUCGCGUUGACAAUCGUGGGCUUGCCUGUGAAUGUGAACUGUAUGUGAACUGUGUGCCUGUCGGUUUUGGCAUCAAAGUGGGCAGAAUAUCUGGCAAAACCCCUUUGCGUUAUUGCAUUCUAGCCUCGAUGUCACAGCCUUCACGAGAGCCCCAAAUCACAAAAGGGAAUCAAGAAUUUGAAGGCCCAGAAGACGGGCCACAGAUUUAUGCGUUCUUGGUGGGAAUAGAAAAGAUGAUACUGCCAAUUGAGAACAGCCAGCUAUUCCUUGCAUACCCUUGCCCCACCAAAGCCUACCUUAUGUCGGAAAGCCAGAAACCUCAGGAAUCGGUGGCCCCCUUGGGUCUGCAGGCGGAUGGAUGCAAGAGAUCGGUCUGA